UUCCUCGGACCAUCAGCAGAGCAGAAUAAGGUACAUCGCAGAAGCCAUCGGUCAGGGUUUUCUUUUCUACGCCGUUUGCCAGUUCCUUGAAAUAUUUUCAAACCGUUCCCGUUCCUCGGAGGAGCGGAAAAAGAUCCGCACCGUGGAUAGUUUAAAAGUGCUGUGAGUAAAUAGAACGCCGCGUUUGUUUAUAUAAUCUCGGCUUAGUGACGCACGCAAAAGAUAAAAAAAAAUCAGAAUAGUGUCCCGUCGUUAAGAAGCGGACCUCUGUGCGUCGACCCCGGAUCACAGAAAGCUGAUAAGCGGAUAGUCCGUCGUGCAAGUGGUGGCCUUCGGUGUUUGUGUGCGAAAAGCAAGAAGAAUCUAAUCAAAGUCACUGAUAUUUUUGGGUACGACUGAGUAACGAAUUUUUGCCUCAAGUUUGAAAGUAGUCCGAUAAGGAGAACAGAAGCCAGGCAAGAAGUUGAACCAUGGUGGAACCAAUCUUCGAUUACCAAUUCCGUCACAUUCUAAUCGGAGACAGUACGGUGGGCAAAUCGUCGCUGCUGAAAUACUUCACCGAUGGAAAAUUUGCGGAACUAUCAGAUCCCACCGUGGGCGUUGACUUUUUUGCACACCUUAUCGAAGUGAAAGACGGCACUCGCAUCAAGCUGCAGCUUUGGGACACAGCCGGCCAGGAACGGUUCCGUUCCAUUACCAAGUCCUAUUAUCGCAACUCGGUAGGAGUGCUGCUAGUAUAUGACAUCACCAACCACGCCAGUUUUGAACACAUCCCCCUCUGGAUGAUGGAGGCCAAGCGGCACAUUGAACCCCACCGGCCGGUAUUCGCUCUGGUGGGCUGCAAGUUGGAUCUAGUCAAUAAUGGGGUGCAGAGGCGCGAGGUCAGUGUCGAGGAGGCACGAUCAUUCGCCGAACAGAACGGACUGAUAUUCGUUGAAACUUCGGCGCGGACCGGUGUGAACGUUCGGGAAGCGUUCAGUUUAGUCACCCAGGAAGUCUACAACCGGAUCCAGUCCGGGGAGUACAAGGUCGAAGAUGGGUGGGACGGCAUCAAGAAGGGCUUCCCGAGGCCCAGCAAUCUAGACUUUAAUCUGGUGGUAGCGGAAUCGGCUCGGAGUUCUUGUUGCUAGGUCGCCCGCAAUAUCCCAUUUACUGUACGGUAGUUGCUAGAUGGUGCAGAUUAGUUUUCACAUUGUCUCGUGUUUAUCUAGGGUUUUAACGACGACCGAGUUGCGCAGAAUUUGGUCUAGAACCGAUAUUUUUUUU